UCAAAGACUGUAUGCUCUCACGUGUACUAUCCAAACCGGUACAUAUAAUUUAAAAGUAAUACCACCAGCAGUAAAAACAAGUUUAAUCAUCGUCUUAUCAUCUGUUUCGUUUACUAUAUCACACAGAUGAUCCGGAUCAGAUGGUGUCGAAAUUCGUACAUUGGUAAAUUAUUCGAAUAAUAAACAUUUUUUUGAGUGGACCCCUCAUCGAAUCUACUGGGCGAAAAAACUGUAACACGUCAGCGACGGUACUAAUGCGGACACGGCCUGCUUAAAUUAGUAUUUCAAUUGGGAAUCUGAAUAGAAUAGGAUAUCACGGUGCAGUGAGCAUUGUCAAUUGGUUGAAGUGCAUUUAGUUAGAAGAAACAUGUUUAGGUCAGCGGUAUCUCCAGUAUUGUCCAUAGCAAAGCGGUCGUACUCCAACGUAGCACCAUGCAUCAAACUUUUCAUAGAUGGACAAUUCGUAGACUCAAAAACAACAGAAUGGAUCGACUUGUAUGAUCCAGCAACGAAUGAACUAGUCACCAAGGUGCCCAAAUCCACACAGAAGGAGAUGGAAGAUGCCGUUGAAUCCAACAAAAAGGCUUACGAAACAUGGAGCCAAACAUCAGUAUUGACCAGACAACAAUUAAUGUUGAAACUUCAGGCAGUAAUAAGGCGCGAUAUGAAGAAAAUAGCACAAAACAUCACUAAGGAACAAGGAAAGACCUUAGCUGAUGCUGAAGGAGAUGUAGUCAGGGGACUCCAGGUGGUGGAACACGCUUGCUCCGCGGGAACACUCCUCCAAGGCGAGUCUUUACAGAAUAUCAGUCGAGACAUGGACGUAGUAUCUUACAAACUGCCACUUGGAGUGACCGCUGGUAUCUGCCCAUUCAACUUCCCUGCCAUGAUCCCUCUUUGGAUGUUCCCAAUGAGUCUCGUUGCGGGAAAUACAAUGUUGAUCAAGCCUAGUGAGAAAGACCCCGGUGCUACCAUUAUGCUGAUGGAGCUGCUGAAUGAAGUUGGUUGUCCACCAGGUGUGGUUAAUGUGAUUCAUGGUGCGCACGAUGCAGUAAACUUCAUCUGUGACCAUCCAUCCAUCAGAGCAAUAAGCUUUGUGGGCUCAGACCAAGCUGGUAAAUACAUCUACGAAAGGGGCGCCAAACACGGCAAAAGGGUUCAGAGCAACAUGGGGGCGAAGAAUCACUGCAUUGUUAUGCCCGAUGCCAAUAAGGAAACUGCCAUCAAUCAGGUGCUAGGAGCUGCAUUUGGAGCUGCUGGUCAGCGAUGCAUGGCUCUGAGCGUGGCGAUUAUGGUUGGAGAAGCUCAAAAAUGGAUACCAGAUAUGGUGAAGAGUGCCCAGAGCUUAAAAGUAAAUGCUGGUCAUGAACCCGGUACCGAUUUGGGACCAGUCAUUUCGAAAGAAUCAAAAGAGAGAAUUCAUAGACUUAUUGCUUCUGGAAUUGAACAGGGUGCGAAGUGUCCUCUAGAUGGUCGAGGUAUCAAAGUAGAAAAAUACCCUAACGGCAACUUUGUGGGACCCACAAUUCUGGCUGAUGUUCAGCCGACUCACGAAUGUUAUAAAGAAGAAAUAUUUGGACCAGUAUUAUGCGUUAUGAACGCCGACACAUUGGAAGAUGCUAUUGCUAUUAUUAACAAGAACCCCUAUGGAAACGGCACCGCUAUCUUCACUACAAGUGGCAGCUCUGCAAGGUAAGGCUAUACACAAAGUUUCCAUAUUUUAAGUACAAACAAGCUGGAAUUGAAAUGAAGGAAGGAAUUGAAAAAAUAGUACAUAGUAUAAAACGGUGAUUAUACAGGGAAACUUUUAGACACUAAAAUGCCACAUACAGGGCACAAUGAGAAUAUUGUUACAGCAGAAAGUACAUCUAAAAAUAACAAACGUUCCUAUAAACCUACGUACUAGAAUAUCCCAUUAUUAUAAAAUACGAUGUGUUACAAAUUCCUACGCCACUAACGAGCCUGGAUAAGAAAAAAACAUAAAUAUCACCUAAAUAAUGCUGUAGGGAGAUGACUACCCUCAUACACAUCCCUCAUAAUUCACUACAUAAUGUAACGCGAAAAGGUACAUUCGUAAAAUUAGGCAACCAGAGUUAUACCAACAUGUAUCGUAGAUGCGUCAGAAGUGAUCGUAUCGUGUUCACAUGCGUGAGCGAUCGAGAGGAUUCGGUUGCCAUGAGCGUCGAGAAAUAUCACGCGAAUGUUCUUAUUCAAAAAUAUAACGGACUUUUCAAAAAGUCUGUGGCGGAAUAUACUAAAACUUUCCAAUUUACAUGCCAAUGAUGUAGCUUCAGGCGCGAAAACUUUAGUGUACAUGACUUAUACUGAGUCUCGUACCGAAGAGAAUAUCAAUAGCGUACCAUGUGUAAUGCUACUGCCUUCCAUUUUGAUUCCCGAGGAUAGUACUACAUGUUCACAAUUUUUAGCACCACUCCAAUCUGAAUAUGAUAUUUUUUCAGUAUCUAAAUUAUUACUUAAUCUCGAUAAGAAGAUAUCUUAGGUUUAUAUUCUUGUUCUAUUUGGAUAUACUUUCUGUCCUAGAAAUAUUGUCUAGGCAGUGUUGAAUUCUGUACUAGUUGGUACGGGUUAUCUAGCGGUACGGUACCAGCUCAUGCUAUCAACUGUGUAUAGUCAAAGAAAAUACUGUACAGAAAGAACACAAAAUAGGGUUGUAGUAUAAUGGAGACGUUAACUCUAGACAAUGUUGAAGAGGAACAGAGUCGGCCGUUCAUGUAAUUUGUGAGCGCGAAGGGCUAAAUGAUAACCGGCAAUCGUAUUAUCUACAGUCCCUGGCCAUAUUAUUGAGCUAACCAUUGAUUCUAUGUAAAAUCUUAAUUAUCCGGUGUUUAACUGCUUUAGAACUUACUAACAGAUACAGUUAUUUCGUUUGUAUAUAUGUAGUUUACUUAAUUAUCUAGUGGUUAACAUCAUAUUUAUAGAAAAAAUACCCAUUUAUUGAACUUUAAGAAAUAUUGAAAUAUACAGAAUAAAAUAUUAACGAUUUGUGAGCCACCAACAGAAGUACCAAAAUCCAAGCACUUUCUUCGGCACGGGUAUUACGUAUUUUGAAAAGUGACAUUAUGUCGAUUUUUUUUGACAUUAUGUAGGUUAUUCUACAAGAUGUUAACUUAGCAUUUAGUUGUACGUGUU